AUGAGGAUCCCACCCGUCCUCAUCAUCUUUGUCGGCUUCCUCUCCAUCGGCGCUUCGUUCAUCUUGCAGCUGCUCGUAGCGCUGGGUCUGCCCUACAUCAAGGGAAUCUACUUCCUCUACAUCCGCUUUGCUGACCAGCAGUCCAACACCAUCCUGCGUACCACCUUUGGUAUCUGGUCGCAAUGCUUUGAACAGGGCGGUCAGACACUCUGCACGCCCACCGGUCUUGGCUACCAGCAGACGCUUAACGGGAUCAACAAUGCCGUGAGCCUCUUCUUUGUCAACAAGCUGCCCUACGCUCUGGUCGUGCAGCCCAUCUCGGCUGGCUUCACCGGCGCUGCUGCCGGUGCCGCUUUCCUCCACCUGUGCACCAACACCUUCCUCUGGCCUCUUGCCGCGCUCUGGGCCUCGUUCCUCACCAUGGCUGCGCUCGUCAUCGAGCUGGUUCUGUUCAUCCUUGCGCGCAACAGGGCCAGGAGCUUCCAGAGCAACGGUCAGCUCACCCCUACGGGAAGCGAGCUCGGCCCUGCCAUCUGGAUGCAGGUUGCGGCGCUUCCUCCCGUCUUCUUCGGUUUCAUGAUGCUCGCUCUUGGCUGGUACCUCAAGCGCUCUCGCAGCAACGACAAUUACUAUGACGACUACGAGCCCGCCCGUCCCGUCUAUGCUGCCAACGACUACCCCGAGAAGGACUACUACUACCAGCAGCAGUCGGCGCCCGCGCGUGCUACGAGCCGUGCCUCGCGCAGGUCGCGUUACAACGACGACUACUACGAGCCAGCCGAUGACUCGCGCGUCUACGGCAACGUCGGACGACGAGACUCGCGACGCAGCCGUGCUGGUCGUUCGGGCGACUACGACGACUACGACAACGCGCCUCGCAGGAGCUACGACAACCGCAGGAGCUACGAUGACCGUGGAACCAGGAGGAGCUACGCCACUGACACCUACAACAGCAGGACGUCGCUGGCUGCCCCCGCUCCCGCUCCUUACCGUGGCGGUCGAUCGCGCCGCUACAGCGAGCGUGGUGCCUAUUAA